CGUGGCGCUACGUGACGAGACAUUGGUUUUAUACGUGCGUAUCAUGAUCCGUAAUUUUUAUCGAGUAUCAUCGCCAAUAAUUUUAUGGAAAAAUGGCACACGAGCUAAACAUGCCAUGGUUGACGUUCUGACGGAGCGUGUGACUUUUUCAAGGGAUUUCCUGUUUCGUCAGCUUUUCGAUCCAGCAUCCAGUACAUACACGUAUCUACUAGCCGAUAUCAGCGAUAAGGAAGCGAUUUUAAUCGAUCCGGUCAUCGAGUGGGCUGAUCGUGACAAAGCAAUCGUCGAGGAGCUGGGAUUAACGCUGAAAUAUGCCCUGAACACGCACAUGCACGCAGACCACAUCACCGGGACGGGCCGAUUGAAAUGCCUGUUGCCCGGCUGCAAGUCUAUGAUAUCGCGCAACAGCGGUGCGAAGGCGGAUGUACUUCUAGAGCCACACGAUCAAGUCCAAUUUGGCAGACAUCAACUGAGAAUAUUGCCCACCCCAGGUCAUACCGAAGGUUGCGUCACGUACGUUUGCGAUGAGCAGGGAAUCGCGUUCACGGGUGAUGCGCUGUUGAUACGGGGGUGCGGCAGAACUGACUUUCAGGGCGGAUCCGCCGCGGUUCUGUACAAAUCCGUUCACGAGAAGAUCUUCACGCUGCCGCGAAAUUACCGGCUAUACCCCGCACACGAUUACAACGGUAGAACAGUCACCACCGUAGCCGAGGAGAAAGCUCUUAAUCCCAGGCUGUCCAAGUCUCAGGAGGAGUUCGUCCAAAUUAUGAACAACCUUAACCUACCUUAUCCCAAGAUGAUCGAUAAAGCUGUACCGGCCAACAAAGUUUGCGGUCUAUACGAGGUGAAAGAAGAAAAGGACGAACAAUGAAAAUUAUUGACAGCGCUGCAGCCGAUGCACUAGCACGCUAGUAUUGUAAUUCUACAUUCUAUUAAUAAUUCAUGGUGCCGAUAGUUAACGUUCAUAUGUCACGAAUAACGCGAGAUUAUUCCCCGUUUUAACCGUAUAUUAUUAUCGAUGUUAUUAAAUGAGAAAUAAUCGCGUAUCUUGUCAGUUUGCCAACAAAAAGUAUUCAAAAGUGAUAUAAGGCAUGUGAUAUGGCAAUUUUUAAUAUAUAUGUAUAUAUAAUU